AUGGAUUUUCCCAGAGAAGGUUUAUCGAAUAGCAGACCCCCAGCCCUGAAUAGUGAAAAUUAUUCCUAUUGGAAGACUAGAAUGAGAGUUUACAUCAUGUCCCAAGGUGAGAGAGUGUGGAGAGCAGUAGAAGAAGGCUGGGAACCACCUACUAAUGAAAGAGGAGAAAAGAAACUAAAAAGGGAAUGGUCUGAGGCUGAAAUCAGAGAAGCUAACUACAAUUCAAAAGCCAUGAACUCUAUAUAUGGGGCAGUGAGUGAAGAAACUUUUAAAUUGAUUUCUAACACUGAAAUUGCCAAAAUAGCCUGGGAAAUCUUAUGCAAUCAUCACGAAGGCAACACCAUUGUCAAACAAUCAAAACUACAGAUGAUUCAAACACAAUUCGAAACUCUAAAGAUGGAAGAAGACGAAAACAUCACACAAUUCAAUGCAAAAAUCCUAGAUAUAGUUGGAGCUGCAUACAAUCUAGGAGAACCUUUUUCCGAACCAAAAUUGGUUAAAAAGGUACUCAGAUUACUACCUGAAAGAUUUCUCAUGAAAGUCACAGCCAUUCAGGAAAGCACAAAUCUGGACACAUACAAACUAAGUGACCUAAUGGGAAAUCUCCAGACGUACGAACUGGAGAUGCUACAAAGAAAACCAAAUGAUUCAAACAAAAGUUUGGCAUUUCAAUCCAAGCAACGUGCAGAUUCAGAUGAGGACACACAAAGCAUGGAAGAGUCUAUUGUCGUGCUCACCAAGAAUUUAAAUAAAGUGGUCAAGAAGUUCAACAAAUUCAAAAAUAAAAACAAGAACUUCUCAAAUAACAAUGGAAACAACACAAAAAAGGAAAAGCCUCAAAAUACCGAGGGGAUACAGUGCUUCGAAUGCAAAGGGUACGGACAUAUCCAAUCAGAAUGUCCAACGUACUUGAAAAGGAAGAAUAAAACCUAUGUCACAACACUUAGUGACGAUUCCGAUAGUGAAGAUGAAAAUUCCAACUUUGUUGCUUUCACUACCAGGCACGAAGAAGAAAAUACCUCUCAAGAGGACACACAAGAGCUAUUCGAAGCAUACACACUGCUACAAUCAAAAUGGCACGAACUCAUUAGAGUUAAUACAGAACUCAUGCAAAAGAAUCGUGACUUACAAAUUGAAAAAGAGAGAGAAUUUCGGGAACAUCUGGAAACAAAGGAAGAACUAAAGAAAUUCUAG